GACGCGCCGUGCGUGUGGCCGGGCGGGCGGUCGCCCGGGCGGGAGGAUGCUGCGCGGGACCCCCGGCCGCCCUCUGCGGGAGGGGGAGGCUCUCGGCACCCUGAAAUCCCGGCGUGCCGGGGCAUCGUGUCUCUGUGCAGCGGUGUCAGGGGACGAGCAUGGCUGUUCUCUGCCUCUCAGGGAGAAAGGAAGAGUUUUGCUGUUAUGAGCCAAGAGAUAAAGCAGCAGAGCAGUGUAAGCACAGUCCUCUGGAGCGGAUAGUGCCCUGAGAGAGCCCCGCUGAGGAGGAAAACCCCCGUCUCUCUGCUGAGACUCAGUCUUCAGCAUGCAGCGUCUCCACUCCUUUCCCUUCCCCACGCCCUGGUAUCUUGGGAUGGGCUACAUGGGAGAUUCUCUGAUGGAUUACAAUCUCAGCAAACUCUAACUCCAGAGGAAGAAUGACAGCUAAGAGACUUAAACCAGACUUUUCACUUUCCUGGAGAGGAACUGGCUCGCAGUAUUUGGAGUUUUUUUAAUCCUCUACCUCCCUCUGCUGUUAUCACAGCGAAGUUCCUCAACAAUGGGAAGUCAUGUACUUGCAGCUUCCAUUUCCAUGCUCUCGCUCCUGGCAAUGAUCGGAGACGUGGACAGCAAACCAGACAGUUCCUUCAUGAUCGACAACGAUCCCAGCCGCUGCAUGAGGCAUCACUAUGUGGACUCCAUCAGCCACCCCCUGUACAAGUGCAGCUCAAAGAUGGUGCUGCUGGCUCGCUGUGAAGGACGUUGCAGCCAGACGUCGCGCUCGGAGCCAAUGGUGUCCUUCAGCACUGUCCUAAAGCAGCCUUUCCGCUCCACCUGCCACUGCUGCCGGCCCCAGACCUCUAAGCUGAAGGCCAUGAGGCUGCGCUGCUCAGGUGGCAUGCGGCUCACCGCCACAUACCGCUACAUCCUCUCCUGCCACUGCGAGGAGUGCAACUCCUAGGGACACGCCUGCUGCAGUGCUGCAGGACCAGGAUGCUGCUGCUGGGGAGGGCUCCCAAGAAGCGACCGGAGAUGAGGCUGACAAUCCCAGGACACAACUAACUGGGAUGGAUGGAGCUGAGAGAUAAUGAGGAAUAUCUCCUGGGGCCUGAAUGGUUCUGGUACCAAUGUGCAAUCUGUGGUAACAGCAAAAGCACGUGGACUUGUUUUUAAGCAACCUUUCUUUUUUGCUGAAAGGAUAUUUUUUGCCAGUUUCUCCUUUUUCAGGCCCAGCUCUGAUGACAGAGGUGAUUUACUUUAGGCCCAGAGCAGCGACGGCUCAACAAAGAAGGCUGGAGGGGCAGCAGCAAUGUGCACUGGAAGCCAGCUUUCAGACGGAUGAUGGGCUUUGGUUCCCACAUGCAACAUCUUUGCCUGCCUGUAUUCUCAGACUCCUAGCUAUAUCAGCCUUCACAAAAACUGUGUCAUUGGCAAGGGCUACCCGUUGCUGAUCUAUCAGCCAAGUGCUGGAUAACUUUAACUGUGGUUUAGCAGAAAUUACAAAUAAAUCACUGAAAAGUGAACCUAAUACAAAAUGUACCUCUGGGAUUACCCAGCGCCAGCUAAAAUGAUUAUUUGGAGUAUACAGCAUCACAGUUCAGUGGUUGAGGGACUCUUAAGAAGUGUAAGGUCAUGAGGCAUUAUUCCCCUCUAAAAGCCUGUAAAUGUGACACGUACAUCUGUCACAAAAGCCAUUAUUUAAACACUAAAAACUAAACAAAAAAUAAAAUAAUGUGUACUAAA